GCGCCGUCGUCCCAGUCCAAGCUUUCUUUUCCUUAUCAGCCCCACGUUUGCCCGCUCCUAUCCCUGCCACCGCGUUGACAAUUGCGAUAUUGAAUUGACACCAACCCCAGACUCCUCUCCCCUCCCCUCCCCUCCCCCUUCCAGCAUGCACGAAUUGCUGCUGUUUGGCCAAGUCCCGCAGUCGCGUCAUGGCCAGGUCUUGAAGAUUCUCGCUGGCGUGGCCGCUAUGCAGCCCCGCCGCGUCCUCGAGCGUCAUCUCCUCUAUAAACCUCAGCGCCAGCCCGAGGAGCCGGGCUCCCAUCUCCGGCGGGGCGGCACCCAGGCCGUUGCUAUGAAGAACAGGCCCCAGGCCGCAGUAAAAGAUCUGUAUUUCUCGCAGUUGAUCCAGAGGCUGUCGCAAGAUGACUUCAACCCCGAGGUGCAAUACCAUGGCCUUGGAUUGCACGCGACUGGUGAAUCUAGCGCAGAUGCAAAGUGGACUUUCCAAUUUCAUGAGACUCCAGAUACUGGCGAUAGAGGUGUCCUCGUUCGAUUAGCAAAUAGCACUGACAUUCUUGCGGGCGAUCCUCACUCAUACAUGGUCAAUGUAGGCAACCAAUUCGUUUCCGAAUAUUACCUUGAAGGCCAUCGCUUUGUUCACGAUAACAUCGUCAUCCUUCUCCACCGUGUCUUGCAUGAACCGGGCGCUCGCUCUCUGGAGAACUCGCCCAAGAUGGCCCUUCCAAACUUUGAUGCGCUCAAGCCUUUCGAUCCCAGCGGCGCAUACGUUCUCGAGGCAAAGAUACGCGUUCAUGACUUGAAUAACCCUUCUGUGCUUGAUGCAGGAAUAGAGGAACUCAAGAGGUUCAAGAGCCAGAUGAAGGGAUGCGUGGAACUUGAGGUACCAGAACGGCUGUUGCUGGACACUCGGGUGAAAUACAAGCCCAAUUUAGUGGCGCAGACUGUAAGCCGGCCAGUUCCUGGGUCUCGCUGAGGGAAUCUGGAGCAACCGCUUUCGUAUGUUUGGAAAAGCAC